GUGAAAUAGAAGAGCAAUAACAGGAAAGCAAAUGAAUGAAGUUUUAAAAAAAGAUGCUUACGAAUUGAAAUUUGUGAAUGAUUUUGGAACAGCACUAACAAGUAAAAAAGGCUCUGAGCACUUUAUCUAUCGGUGACUUAACAUGAAAACACCACACGCAUGGAAGUUAGUAAGAUCUUCUCCUUCGCGCUACCGAGCUCGCUAUUUUGUCCCAUAUAGGGCCACCGUACCCUUCCGAGUCUGCCUCCAUGGCAACGCUGGUGCCGCCACAGCUAAUCCCAUUUGUUUUCAGGGGAAAAGCUUUUUUCAAUCAUAGUAAAGAAACAGCAAGAUAAUGUGACUUCACUUCAACUGUACCGGCGUUUGUUUGUAUUGAUCAUGGUGCAUCUGUGAGAACACAGAACGAGAUGUGAGCUGUGUGGUUCAAGACGACUUCUCACAAAGAGACAAUGCCGGUGUUGCCUGUCUGGGAGCUUUCCAUCCCGCUCCCAGCGGUGCUGAUGAUCACUCUGGGUCUCUACAUGGUCGUCCUCGGGGUCGGGCUGUGGAUCCGGUCAUGUCUGAAGGACCAAUGUCCUGCAGAGUGCGUGGACUGCUGUCCCAACAUCUCCCUCUGCGAGCGCUGCUUCCGCUUCGCACAAAUGUUUGACUGUCGCCUGCCGACGGUUCGCUCGUGUCGGGCCGUUUCGUGUCCUUCUCCUACGUGUGCCGGAUGUGACUGUGCCUGCACCUGUCAGCCUCCGGAGUGUGACUCGUGUAACUGCCUCUGCUUUGAGAUCCGGAUUAAGUAGCUGUGUGUGCGUGUGCGUUUGUGACCUUUCACCUUUGAUAGAAGUUUGGAGAGGAUUUUUUUCUGCCAAAACACCGUUAGCCGAUCAGCGUGUCACAUGCAGACGGCUCUUAUUUAUAAUUUGUUUAAUACGUUUUUUUUACAGAUUAUACAAUACACAUUGUGAUAUCAUACUUUUUAUGGAAAAUGAAUGAAUUAAAUAACCAAGCAGGAUAUGUUUAUUUGUUUUUGUUUGGUCUGAUCCAGUAAAUUAAAAACCCCUUUGAAUACAAGUCCCUGUGAUCUCUAACCAGGAGAUUUAAAUGCACUGUGGUACUUUAAAAGACUUUCAUAUGAGCUGUUUAUAAUUAUGUGUUGUCCUCCUUUUGAUUGAACAGAGGGUCUGACUUAUGUUCCUUAUGAACUGAAUGAACACUGAGCCUCUUACGCAAGAAAACACAUCAGAAGAUGAAAACAAUGUCUUUUUAUUUUGUAGAUAAUAAGCAAGUCCAUGUUGAGGG